ACUGAAUUCCCUCGUAGUCGUGUUCCACAAAACCGCCCUGACCUCGAAAACGUACAAGCAGCAAGCCUGUCUCAGAGGCUUACUGCUCAAAGGUUUUGAGUUUCGUAGCAAGACCUGACUUGAUUCUUAGCGAGUGAACUGCUCCUUGCGAGCACAAAGUGCAUGUGGUAGCGCUCUGCCUGAGAAAGCGAAAUGGAGGCUGGUGAACAGACGCCAGAUGGCCAGGUCGUGCUCGAUGAAGAAGUGGACCCGAAUUACGAGCCGACUGAACAAGAAAUCCUGGAGUAUGCUCAGUGGCUGGGCAUAGACCCGGAAACGGAAAAGGAGCUGUUCUGGAUUGCUCGGGAGGGCCUCAAGUCCCCCCUGCCGGACGGAUGGAAGCCGUGCAAAACACCUACCGGCGACAUCUACUACUUCAACUUCAAGUCGGGGGAAAGCAUCUGGGACCACCCCUGCGAUGAGCAUUACCGCAAGGUGUACCAGGAGGAGAAGGCAAAGCUGCAGAUAACAAAGGCGCGUGCGUCCCUGGAGUCCGGAUCUCAGCGCGGCGGCCUGAAGCGUACGGGCGCGGAGACCAAAGUGCCCAGCCCGCUGGGACUCAGCAGCUCCAAGGCGUCGGAUUUUGUUCGGGAGGGGCGCCAGCAGAUGGAGGCGGAGGAUAAGAUGCAGGGCAACCUCGAUGGCGGCGACGAAUCGUCAAGCAGCAGUAGCAGCAAUUUUGACAGCGAUGAUGAUCGCAGCCCGCCUAAGAAGCUGGGCCAGCCGCCAAACAAGGCAGGCCAGGCGCAGGCAUUGCAGCCGCAGGCACGCAGCGGCUGGGGAGACGGUGGUGCGGACAAGUCGCCGGCCUCAUCUGUGGGCGGGGCCUCAGCAGGGGGCAAGCAGGAUGCUAAGAAGAAGAGCGAUGACGACGACAUUGAGGAGCUGGUGGACUUUGAUGCCAGUGACGACGACAACCUGGACCUGCCGGAUGAGGGCGGCAUGAACACCUCGGGCCUCAGCGCGUCCAAUCCCCUGGGCAGCAAGCCCAAGCUGGAGCGCCUUUCAAUUGGCGGCAACAACAACAGCGCCAGCAGGGACCAGCCCGAGCGACUGUCACUGGGUGGGAACCCGCUGGGCGGGGCACCCAAGCUAGAGCGCUUGUCCAUCGGCGGCGGCCCCGCCCUGAACCCACUGCCAGCGCCGGGGUCGGCCUCCGGGCCUGUCAAGCUUGAGCGCCUCUCACUCAACGGCCCGCCGGAGGCGGGCGGUGCCAGCCAGUUGAAACCAGAGCGCUUGUCACUCGGCGGGUCACCGGCGGACGGGGGCAGUGGCUCCAAGGCUGCGGGCUUCGUGCCGCCGCCCAGCGUGCUCUCCGGUAUUAACGCCGAUAGCCGCAACAACAGCAUGGGUGGUGGGCCGGGCAGUGGCGUCAACAGCGCACGCGUGUCGUGGGGCGGCAACUCCAACGCCGGCAGUGGGGUGGGCAGCGCCGGCGGCGCCAAGGGGCCGGGCUCGGCGCUGCGGCGCAGCAAGAAGGUGGCGGACGAGUUCAGCGGCCUGGGGCUGGACAGUGACGAAGAACAGGAUGAGGUGGAUGAGGGUGAUGACGAGAUUGAGGAAGGUGUGGAGGAGGACAUGGUAGACCCCGGCAUUCGCAGCGCGGACGACCUGGGCCCCUCCGCCUCCGCCAAGCUCAUCUCGCCGGGCGCCGCUGCCGCGGCGCGAAGUGGUAUGGGUGCCAGCGCCGGCUCAGGAGGCCCCGACUCGGGCGGCACUCCGGUCCAGCACCACCGGCGCUAUCAGAGUGACCACGACAACGAGGACCCACACCCGUCUACCCAGCGCGAGGUGACUGGCCCGGCGGCGUCCACCUCCAAGCCCAGCCCCAUCGCCUUCGGCGUGCCGUCCUCCACGCCGAACUCGGGCCUGCAGCAGUCGCAGCAGCGCGAGCGGGAACGGGAGCGUGACGCCGACGAGGAGGAGGCGGAGGUGUCGCGGCGCACUGCCCCCAGCGAGGCGGAGAUGCGGCGGCGCGCGGAGGAGCGGCUGGCUCAGCUGCAGGAGGCGCUGAGCAAGCAGUAUGAUGACGCCAAGGCGCAGCUGCAGAAGCAGGUGGACAGUGAGCUCGCGGCGGAGCGGGAACGCAUGCGCGGCGAGAGCCUGGCCAAGCUGCAGGAGCAGCUCACGGACAAGUCGGUGGAGCUCGCACGGCUGGAGAAGGAGGUGGCCUCCAAGCGGACCGAGCUGGCGGAACUGGAGGACCGCGUGCGGCAGCAGCGCUUCAAGCUGAACUCCAACGACCGAGAGCUGUCGUCCAGCGCGCACUCCGCGGCCCUGGCCGACACGGAGAUGGAGCUGCGUGGCAAGCGGGCCGAGCUUUCGGAGGUGAACACCCAGUUGCUGGCUAAGACCACCGAGUUUGAGACCAUCGUCAGCAGCACUGCCGGCAAGGCGGCGGAGCUGCGGGAGAAGACCGCAGCGCUAGAGCUGGCCAAGGAGCAGCUGCGUGACGCGGAGUCCAGGCGUGCGGAUGCCGACUCGCAGUACCAGGAGCAGCAGAGCCGCGUGCGGUCCCUGCGCGACCAGGCUGAGCAGCUGUCUGCCGAGGUGAGCGCCACCCAGUCCACCAUGCGGCGCCUGAGGGAGGACCUGACGACCAAGGAGGACGAGCUGGCGGCAGUCAACCGGCAGCUCAACUCCAAGCAGGCCGAGCUCAAGGAGAUAACCUCGGAGCUAUCCACAUCCCGGACGGCGCUGCAGGCCAAGGAGAUCAGGGUGGUGGAGGACCUGAAGAGCGCUGCGACCUUUGAGUAUGAGGGCCUGCAGAAGCAGCUCGAGGUGGCACGCGGCGCACUGGAUGCCUCGCGCUCACAGCUGGCAUCCGCGAACGGGGAGCUGUCGCGCACCGAGGGGCAGUGCAACAGUCUCAAGGCCCAGCGCGCACAGCUGGAGGCAGACGUGGCGGCGCGCACCGCCGAGCUGGAGCAGGUGCGGUCCGCGCUGGCGGCCUCACAGGCCGAGCUGCGGGCCGUGCGGUCGGAGCUGGCGGAGCGCACGGCGGCGCUGGAGGGCGUGGCCACGCAGCUGCUGCGCCGCCAGAAGGAGCUGGCCGACACCGACAACAUGUACUCCUCCGUGGCGGACCAGAGCAAGGAGGUUCUGGAGCUGAAGCGCGGCCAGAUGCUGCGGGCGGUGGAGGACAGCGUGGAGGCGGAGCGCCGCAGCCUGCUGGCCGCACGCAUGGCGGCCAUGCGGGCGGACGUGGAGGCCCAGGUGGCGAGCGAGCGGGAUUUGCACCGCACCCGUGUGCAGCAACAGCAGCCCCCACCGCUGGUUGCCGUGCCCAGCACCUCCGGCUUGGGCCAGCACCCCGACCUACACGCCGCAGCCGCGGCUGCUGCGGCCGCAGCUGCCGCCGCGGCAGGCGGCAAUGGCAACCUGCUCAGCAUGCAUGCGCAUGCAGCAGCUGCGGCGGCUGCAGCCGCAGCCGGGCGUGCGCCGUCCCCGAACCCGGGGUUCAGUAACUCUCGCGCCCCGGGCAUCUCUACAGACGACCUACACGCGUCCACGAAUGCAUGGCCCGGGCCGCUGCCCGCCCUCAGUCCCAAGCUGCCCGGCUCGAUGCAGCCCGGCUUGCUGCCGCCCUCUUACCUGUCCAGCGCACAGCAGAUGUACCCGCAGUCGCUCAUGAUGCCGCAAGAGGCGCAGCACUCGCAGCACUUGGGAUCCGCCGCUGGGCAGCAGCAGGGCUACGGCGGGCAGAGCUAUGGACAGAGCGGCACAUCAGCGGACAUCGCGGCGGCACACUUCGCCGCGGCCAUGGCAGCCCAGAGCGCAGCGGCGGCAGCUCAGAGCGCACACAACAACCUGCCCGAGCUGGCGGCCAUGGCGGAGAACCUGCAUCGCAGCCUACAGCUGCUCGUGCCGCUGGCGGCACAAGCCAAGCAAGGGCCGGCGGGCGGUGGCAUGGGGCAGCCUGCGCCCAACACGUCACCGCAGCGGAUGCGCGCCUCGGCCGCCUUCGCGCCGCAGGCCUCCCAGCAGCUGCAGGGCGACUGGUCCACGCUGGGGCUACCGCAGUCAGCUGCGGAGGACCCCGUUUUAUCGCGGGCGUGGGUGUACCUCAAGCUGCAAAAGGCGUACCUCAAGGAGCGCUCCAGCAUCCUGCAGGCGGCGCGGAACGACUGGAAGGAGGACUUGAAGGCCGCCAUGUCGGCGCCCAACGGCCCCAUCAGCGAGGAGCGGCUGGCCAUGCUGCAGAACGUGAAACAGGGGCUGGAGGACCAGGUGCACCGCCUCAACGAGGACAGCAAGCAGCUCCAUCGCAUGCGCGAGCAGUUGGCGUCGCUGAGCACCAAGGCCGCCAACACGGCCGCCAACAGCCCGGGCGCCCUGGCUGCGGCGGCGGCGGCGGGCCGCCGCUCCGUAUCACCCGGGCGCAACAUGUCGCCCACCGCGGCAUCGGCAUCAGGCGCCAACAACGCAGAGCUGGCACGGUCGCUGCUGCAACAGCAUAGCGCAUGGCUCAAGAGCUUUGCGCAGCAGCUGUCAACAGUGUAGGUUUACCAGUGGUGAUUUACGGAUGACGAUAUGGUAUUAGCGUCACCUGCAAGAUCAGGGACUUCACACUGCCGUGUGGACACGGACCUAGGAAGGCGUGCGGGCGACCAUGGGCGCGUGGCGUGGGGUCGGCUAGGGUUGGCAGGGUGGUAGACAAGACGUCCAUGUGUUGUUUAUGAGAGUAUCGCUAUGCAACUAAUGCUUGCGAAUUUCGCUGGACACGCACAGUGCGGCGACAUGGCCGCAUGCCUGUCCGACUAGCUCCGCCAGCACCGCUUGCACUUCAAUGGCUACGAAUGUGAUGGUGUCGAUAUGUAAGCACAUUUUGUGGAC